CACUUCUUUCUCACUGCUAACACACACACACAUCUACAGAGCUUAACUGGAGAAAUACACACCGUGUUUACCUGACGCUGGUUAAUUUAUUCUCUAUUAGCGACAGAAUUCAGGUUUGCAACCAUGGCAGAUCAGCCAGAACUCACAGUGGAGAACCGCGAGCGGAUCCAGGCGGUGGCGAGCUCUUUCGGACCCUCUGGGAGGUCUCUGAUGGAGCCAGGCCGGGUUCUGGUCGGCGAAGGUCGUCUGAUAAAGCUCUGCAAACGUCGUCCUCAGCCCAGGUCCUUCUUUCUCUUCAACGACAUCCUGGUCUAUGGCAGCAUCGUGAUGGGCGGCCGCUGGAACAAGAAGCAGCAGAUCAUCCGUCUGGAGGAGGUGGAGCAGGAAGACCUGGAGGACAGCACGCUAAUGUGCAACCAGUGGCUCCUGAAGACGCCCAGAAAGUCGUUCUACGUGGCGGCGGCUUCUGCUGAAGAGAAGCAGGCCUGGAUGGAGCACAUCGAGAACUGCAGGAACCUGAAGCUGCAGAGCCUGGGCCGCCCGGUCAACGUGCAACCCGUCUUCGCGGCCACGUGGAUUCCAGAUCACGCCUCAGCGAUCUGCAUGCGCUGCUCCAGCCGCUUCACCGUGACGCACCGCAGACACCACUGCAGAUGCUGCGGCUUCAUCGUCUGCAACUCCUGCUCCAAAGCUCGCGUGGUGCUGAAGAACAUCUCCAACAAACCCGUGAGAGUGUGCGGCCUCUGCAAAACCAGCCUGGAGAACAAGGACAAGAUGAAGACUCCGUCCAAACAGCAGAACUACCGAAAACAGAAGGAACACGAUUGGAAAACCAAUUCCCUGGAAGAUACGCCCGAAUACGAGGCUUCCAGCGAUGAGGAAUCGGAGGAACAAGACGACGACAGCAAACCGACCAUGUGGUUCAACAACUCUGAGUACUGCUACCUCAACCCAGAGCAUGCAAACCCACCACAAUCCUGAAGAGCAAAGGACAGACUUAUAAAACAUGUGAAAAAAGAAGAAGAAGAAAACACGCUUGGAGCCUUGUGAUCGCCGCUUAUUCACCACUUGCACUGUUCACACUGUUGUGCAGAUAAGCGUGCAGAUAAACCGAGUGGCCGAAGAAUCGAAACAACACACAAAAAGGGUUCAGUUUAGUUAGUGUUGGAAACACGUUAGCAUUAGAAGCUUCUUAAAAAAGAAGAAUCCAUGAAAAAGAAGAUAGAUGGAUGGAUUCCUGAACUUUUCCAGGAGAAUUUGAGAACUAUGUCUCAGUGCUGCUACUUCAAGCCGAAGCAUGAAAAAAAAACAAUGAAAAAAGUUGAGAAGAUUAAAAAAAUCGGACA